UUACUUUCCAUCUUCAACAUUAGGCUGCAUUAUCAAUCUGAAGAGAACAUGUCCCAAGCAUGUUUACACCAUUAUGAAAUACCAAUUAAUGCAUGAAUAAACCUUUAAUAUCACUUAGGCACGUCUCGGUUGUUUGAUAAGGUGGUGGGCUUACACAUGUCUACACAACUUUAUCCUUGACAGAGGCAUUGAUGACAGAACCACAUGAUAUCUCAUGUGUAUGCCCUCCAUCUUUUAACACUCUUUUCCUUCUAAUUCAGUUUCUAGGAAGUCCUUAAAACUAUAUGAACACUAUCUUUAUCCCAUUCUCAAGCAUCAUUUUUUUGGUCCAUUCUUUCUAAAUCUUGAAUUGUUCUUCUUUCUUCUCAUAAAAAGCUCAAAAAUGGGUUUCCGUUUACUUGGUAUUCGACAGGCAUCAUCCACAGCUAGGCAAGCAGCUUCAAAAUCGGUAGAAGUCCCAAAGGGAUAUCUUGCAGUGUAUGUUGGAGAGAAACAGAAGCGGUUUCUGAUUCCAAUAUCGUAUUUGAACCAACCUUCCUUCCAAGAUUUAUUGAGUCAAGCUGAGGAAGAGUUUGGAUAUGAUCAUCCCAUGGGUGGCCUCACAAUUCCUUGCAAUGAAGAACUAUUCCAGCAUAGAACUUCUUGCUUGAAGGGGCAAUAAAUAUCAGUUUUAGAGAUUGACAUAGAUAUGUAGAGAAAUUUUGUACAAUAGGGAAAUUCUCUAACUUGUAACUAUUAUUACCCAGUUUUGAGUAAUGACAACAAAAUCAGUUGCAUAGUACUUUUGUUAAUCAAUUACAAAGUU